GAAAAUCGCAGUGUCGGUACCGUACUUUUAUAUUCAUGAUCGACAGGUACAAGCGCAUAUCUAAGAAUAAUCUGGUCCCGCGUCUCAGCUUCAAUCGUGCCCUGUGCGGUGCACGUCUUGUAUACAUAUAGUAACCUCUCUAGCGACCAGAGUCGAAUGUUGCUAGAUGGACGGAUAUCGUCACGAAGUCGAACUCUACAACCCGUAUGAACCACAGCCAGAAGCAGGACCUUCGACGACAGAGUACAAAAAUGAAGCACGAACAGGAUUGUUGACUCAGAGUCCCCAGCAACGGCCAGAUAAGUCCUGGCUACAACACGGGCUCUGCUUCACUCUUCAUGGCCUCCUUGUUUGUGUGCACUUCCUCAUCUUGCUGAUAUGGAUAACCCGCGCUGAACACGAUGUCACCGUGCCAAUUGGAAGACGGAGCAGCAUAAUAUCUACCGCCAUCGUCCAAGUAUCACAGAUCAUAGGGACACUCUACUUGGCAGGACUCAUUUUUGUCAGCCAACAGCUUGGUGGACGUCGCAAUGCUCGUACGAGGCAGACGUUGACGGCCACGAGCGAUAACAUGGCGGCGUGGUUCGGAUUAGGAGCGGCGUUAGCAUCGCUUGUCCCCUCUCUUCUCGUUGUAGGAUAUUUUGUCUGUAUCGCGAUCUUGAACACCACUACCCCCGCUAUAUUCAGCCUCCAACCAUUCAAUCAAACACGAAGCACAGUCAUUGCUACUACGCUUGGAAAGCCGAAUAUCUCGGUGAAUAGUCUUGCUGUGUCCAACCCUCCUAUGAACUUCUGGCUUGAUUCUACGUCCGUUGUCCCGUACCUCGCGCAUAGUGACCGAGCAUCAAGGAUAGGAUUGGAGAACGGUACAUUAUAUGAUGUGAUCUCAAACAAUGGUGGGAAAGGGACAGUGUCUAUGAAUGCGACAACAUUCAAUGUCUCUUGUGGUUAUAUUGAUAAUGCCUCGGUCACCGACAACGGGCAUUCGGGGAACUGGAGUGUAAGUACGUCUUACCAAGAUACUGCCAACUCAAUACCUGUUCUCGCUCCUAAUGCGUUCAAAUGGCUGCCUUUAUAUCCUCAUACACUUAAGGAUCCCUGGCGACAUGCAGCAUUCUACACGUCUGCGAACAUAACAGAUUCAAACGGUUCUAAUGGUGUUCGUGUCUCAUUAAACCCACCAAUGCAGCCCAGUGCACAUAUCGACCAGUCAAGGAUGAACGCCAGCAAUUUUAGCGAGAGUGCGGUCUACUCUAUGCAGAUCAUUGGAUGUACAAUUUCCCUCAUCAAUCAGUCCGCAGCCAUUGAUGCGGAGUCGCAUCUUCUUCAGCACGUCUCACCUUCGGGCGUGAAGAAUACAUCGCAAUGGUCGUCCUGGCAGCCCGGCUCCAUUCCUGCGAAAGUGAGUACAGUCUCUGCGUUAUCGCAGAGUACGAAAAUCACUGGGCGCGCUGAAGAGACCGCUCCCCCCGCACCCCCAGGCUCUAACUCUCCUCCUGCAUCGAGAGACGGCAAUGGAGGAGUGGGAGGAGCGGCGCCGCAAGGUCCCAAUCCCAAUCCAGUACCUCCAAACAACGGAGGUGGAGGCGAAGAAAAUCCAGGAGAAGGAAAUCGCACACCACAAGUUGCAGCGCCUCAAGAUCCCACCCCCAAUCCCGCGCCUCCGAGCAAUAGUGGAGGUUCGGGAAAUGGUGACGGGGGAGUGGGAGGAGCGGCACCCCAAGACUCUAGUCCAAAACCGGCACCUCCAAGUAAUGACGGAGGUGGUGGUGGUGGUGGUGGAGGUCAGCCGCUGAAUCAGAACCCGGGAGCACCAGCACCAACACCACAGGACUCAAACCCAAAUCCUGCGCCUCCAAGUGACGGAGGAACUUCAGGAGGAGAUAGACCACAGUUCGCAUCACCUCAAGAUCCCAGCCCCAACCCUGCACCUCCCAACAAUGGCGGUAACCCGCCGCAGCCUCCAAAUCCGAAUCCAACACCAGCUCCAGAAAAUCCACCGAAUCCCAACGCUGCGCCCUCAAACAAUGACGGUGAUACACCACCGCAGAAUUCAAACCCGAACCCUGCACCUGAUGGAGGAAGAGGAGAUCUGCAUCCAUUUCCAGCACCUCAGAAUCCGAAAGCCAACCCUCCACCUCCCACCAACGGUGGUGGUAGUAGCUCGGGCAAUGGAGGUGACGGAAAUGGGAAUGGGAAUGGAGGUGGUGGAAACGGGGGCGGUGGCGGUGGUGGGAAUAGUGGUCAGGGGACGAAUGCACCAGGACAAGGGCAAGAACAGUCGAAUCCUCCAACGGCUCAGUCGGAUUCGUCAGGGCAAGGCCAGUCGAAUUCCGGACAAGGAGCUACAUCUCCACAGGGUGGUGGCGGGCAAGGAGACGGACAGCAGAACUCGAAUUUCAGCACUGCCGGACAACCUCCCUCCGACAAUUCGAACACCUCACCACAAAAUUCUCCUUCUGCACAAGGCCAAGAUACCACUGGUGGUCAGCAAAAUCCCCCCGGGACGGGAAAUCCUGCCCCGGCUGGUAAUGGCGACACAAGUAACGGUAAUACUCCUGGUCAGUCAAAUAGCAGCGAUGGGGCUGGUCAGAAUGGAGGGGGGGCUGGAGAUGGGUCACAGGGUAUGGGAGGGGCAGGAGGUACGAGCGGACAAGACUCGGGAGGCCAGCCGGGAACAGGAGAUACGAACAGACAAGGUGGAGGAGGCCAAAAUGGAGGAGGUGCUGGGGAUAAUAGCGACGGGUCGCGGGAUGGUGGAGGGACAGGAGAUACAAGCGGACAAGGUGGAGGAGGUCAAAACGGAGGUGCAGAAAGCACUGGUAAUAAUGGAAGUAACUCUGGUGCAGGAGGACAAGGUAGUGUCACUGGUCAACCAACAAGUCACGGCGCCGAACAACCAACUGGUACUUCGAAUUCUGCAGCGAUGAUUACUGUAACAUCGAUGAAAAUAGUCAACGCUACGAUGACGGCUACAGCAGUGAGAAACAGUGGUACACCUGCAACGGUUUCGUAUUAUGAUUCAUCCGAUGUUUUCCUUGGAGUUUGGUGGGAACUCUUCAAUCAAGCCGCGCUGUCUCGCUUCCCUUCUACGGACGACUGCCCUGGACAGCCAUGGCAGAAUCCAGAUGCAUGUAACCCAUUUACUGUCAUAGAACAGUAUGGUAUUGCUUCGUUUGUGGAUCUGAGCUGACACUUUUCUUGUAGGUUCGUUAUGGAAGAUCUGGGCUUCUAUCCGGUUUUGUUGGACAGCCCUGUUAGGACGGACUCAAAGGUCACUCUUCACGAUUUGGAGAAUUCACUCGCUAGUGCGACGGCAGCAUCAUAUUGGGCUGGUUCGUGUUUCCCUGAUUCCUUCUUCGGUAUGAUGAUUCAAUCUUAUUUUAGCUCUGUACACAAAGAGUGGUGGUAUGAAGGACAGC